CGAUCUGAAUUGGCGCCAAGCUGACAAUGUCAAAUCAGAUGUUCAUGAUUGUAGCAUUCAGCAUUAUGGAAUAAGGACAAACAGAGAGGUUUUGUUUUGCACCAUUUUUUGUUCAUUUUGGUUGAAACAAAAAUCAAUACAUAUAUAUAUUGCCUGGAUAUUUGCAAUGGAACCUGUGGAAAUUCUCAAUCGUAAGGUACAAAUCCAAGAAAAAUAUUUGACCCGGCUCCAGUCCAUUCACAACAAUGUCCAAGAAACGUCAAAAGCAGCAAAGCUGGAACUGGACGCAUCCAGAGAGAGGUCAGAAAGAAGCGAACAAGAGUUGCAGGAGACGUAUUUUGAGUGCAAACUUGCUGUGUCUAAGCUGGGACACCAUUUAAACUCUCUGCACCAGCAAUGCUCCCAGCUGAACAAUUCUUUGUGUUCUAAAGAUGCGCAACUCCUGUGUCGCCUACCUCUUGAGGAAUUGCGAGGUUCUAGAAACGCAGUUGAAAAUGACUUGAAACUAUUUAUUAUGAAACAGUUCCAAAAGAAAAGUGGGGAAACUCUCCCAAAUGCAAAUUCUAUAAGGGGUCAGCCAGGGCUUCAAUAUUCCCAUCUGAUCAUUGGCACAGAUAAAACCAAAUUUGAUCAACAGUGCCGGGAUCUUGAAAGACUGCAGCUUGACCUUGGAGAAACUUUGAUGAAUAUUAAAAUAAAUGACGCAAAAAAUAAAGCCUUAAAGGCAGCAAUCAAUUUCAUCAAAACUCAACCUAAAGUCAGUGACGCCAGCCAGCAACCAUCAGUAACAACUGCUAGUUCAAUCAUGUGUUUAAAAAAUGAUAUCAAACAGGCAGCUGCUGCGAAUGCUGCCAACAAGGCCAACAUUAUUUCUUUGGGAAGUCUUACUGUGAAAGAAACUAGACUGAAAUACUGCCUAGACAGGUUAAAAUUGGUACACAAGCUAAUGAAGAAGCAGAUAGGAGUGGACAAAAUAGUCUAUCACACCAUGCUGGCGGAGUCCAAGCUAACUCAAGAAGCGAGCAGUUUUCUGAAGGCUGUCAGUACGCACUUCAAAAAAGAGACAGAUGCUUUAGCUCUAGCUGUUGAAUCACUGGAGGCUGUAAAAGCGAAUGCCUCGCCAGCAACAGAUUCCGGACUGGAUUUGAAAGAAUAUCCUAGGACCCGCGACUUCAACUGCAAGAGUGAAGAAAUUGUGCAACUUUUGACCCAGCAUGUCAAAAUUCUGCAAAAUCAUGUUGAUUUGCUGGAUCAUAGCGGAAAUGAGAUCAGUGGAGUUCAAUUGCCAAUGCUAGACACUUCAGUUCAUGAGCUGGAGAAGUUGCAUGCUGAUUUUAAAUCAGAUGUCGAAAGUUGCAUUUUGGAUUUCACAAAGACAAAGGGCCGCAUGAAGAUGUGCCAGAAUAUGAAACCACCUGUUGACUUGUGGCAAAUUUUCCUAACUGAACCAGACAAACUCGCAGGAUACUUGUCUCAAGAUGCGGAUUAAUGUCAAUUUUCAAAUUUGAUUAAAACUCAUAUAUUUUAAAUAAAUUAAGGCUGAUUGGUAGAUUCCAAUUUUUAAUUGGGUUAUUCAUCAGAAAAAUGUCAAUUUAAGUCUAGCAAAUUUCCAUCAAAACAUUAUUUUCCAAAAAUUAAAUUCUUCAAAACAAAUUCUAUGACUAGCAAUACACCUAAACAAUAUUGCUGAAUACAUAAAUGUACAAUACAUGAUAAUUAGUAGAUUGCCACAACAUAGUUGUUAUAAACAAAAUUUGAGUCGCUUAGUAUCUCCGUCAAGGAACAUGAUAUACACUUUGUUAUCAAAAUGGUUAACACAAAAUUACAACAGUAAAGAUAUAAUGUACGCAAACACUUUGGAAUCAACAGUUACAAUCAGAUCAAUUCCUACAGAACGAGCUAAAUUAAAAAAGUUAAAACGAUAUGCAGGGCGAUUUGAACAAAAUCAUAUUGAUUUGAUUAUUACAAAAUGACUGUUAGUAGCAAUCCCAAUACUUUACAAUAGUUCCAAAAUCAAUUGUAGCCAUAUUUAAAAAUAGCACCUAAGCACGGUCGAAGCACUAUGUAGCAAACAAACUGUCUUCAAAAUAGGUGCUCCUAUGUGUGCUGCUGCAGCAUGAGGAAAUUUCGCGUCGGCACACGUUUUUCUUGUGGACCGACUGAGGAUCACAGCCGAGGACGGAGGUUUCUACACAAGUUUGUUAGUUUUUUUUCUGGUGCGUAUUUCUUUGAGAAGUCUCAGCAACUAAAUAGUCUAGUGUUGUACUUGUUGGGCAUUUGCUUUCUUUGGUGCCUCAUUGAACAACUUGAAUUUGCACUUCAAUUAAACGGGCACGCCAUGCACCCUAAAGCGAUAAAUGCAUGUGUACUCCAAAUGCCCGUGGUUUGAUUCAAUUCGUAGCUCAACCUUCUGGUAGGAGUCAUGCUCAACC